GUUUGUUUAAUUAAGAUGAGGAUUGUGGUGUACACCUGGUGGACGGCAGGUGGCAGUAAAGCACCUGUGGUUUGUGAAAGGUAUGAAGAAGAAGAAGAGAGAACGUCAGUAGCGCUGUUAGCAGGUUAUUUUUUUGACAAUGCACUGGACAGCUGCAGAUAUGUUUGGUGGCUGGCAGCAGUGACCAUGCUGUGUUUCCGUAUUCCGUUUUUGUUGGUACUCCUCUAUCAGGUUCAAGAAUCCAUCCAGGUCUCUGAGGAAUUCUUAGUGCCUGAUGAAUGGAUUCUGCUUCAUGUUGUUCAAGGCCACAUUGGUGCAGGAAACUACAGCUACCUGCGGCUCAACCAUGAUGGACGCAUCAUCCUUCACAUGUUCAGCCUCAAAGGUGAUGCUGACCUCUAUGUCUCCGACAAGACUCUGCGUCCGGACUUCGAUACCUACAAGCUCCAGUCGGCCACCUGUGGCCACGAUGUGGUCGUGGUUCCAGACGACUUUGUUAGACCAGUGGGCAUCGGGAUCUAUGGGCAUCCCUCUCACCUGGAGAGCGAGUUUGAGAUGAGGGUGUUUUAUGAUCAGACCGCUUUAACCGAAGACCUGUUUCUAAAGGACUCUUAUUCUCCAGAGCAGAAUCACGAACAGCCCAAAUACCCACAGCCGGGUAACGGAGAGGAAUUUGAGGAAGAAGAGCCCAUCCUGUGGACCAUUCUCAUUGGGAUCCUGAAGAUAAUACUUGAAAUUUUGUUUUGAUUAUUGAUGUGAUUUUGGCAUUAGGAUUAGCUUCUUAGAAAAGAGCAUUGAAAUAUAUGUGGCCAAAAUAAAAAGCACUGGAGGGAUUUUUUUUUCUCUUUUGGUACCAGGUUAAAUGUUGAUCCUAGACUUAAAUCCUGGAGUCUUAAUUAUCAUAACAAACAGAACAUACAGUCUGUACUCAUGUUUUCCCCUUGAUCACGUGCAAAUGGCAGUUUUACUGUCAAUGUAAGUGAAAUGAGGUUCAUAUUUUUGACUGUAAUUCAUUUUCAGUUGCAUUACUAAUGUAGUAAUGAUUGUUUGAAUCUGCUGAGGUUCUGAGCCCUAUGCAAUCACCCAAAUCAGCUUUUGGAAAGAAUAACAACUGUGCCUUUCGUCCUUUCCUUCAGAAAUGGAGAGGCGUGAUAUGAUGCAACCAUAAAGUUUGUAACAUUUUCAAAUAAAGUAAGUCACUUGUGCACACUGCA